CGGAGGCUGCUGGGCUGGGGCCGGGACUCUGCGACUACCCAGCCUCAGACUACUCUGGAAGGUGAUUUACCUAACUUAUCUACUGAGAAGUUUGUCCCUCUUCAGUGACAUUUUAACAUCAUAGAUCUUUAAAUGGAGGAGAUGGCUACCACUCAGAUUUCCAAAGAUGAGCUUGAUGAACUCAAAGAGGCCUUUGCAAAAGUUGAUCUCAACAGCAAUGGAUUCAUCUGUGACUAUGAACUUCAUGAGCUUUUCAAGGAAGCCAAUAUGCCAUUACCAGGAUAUAAAGUGAGGGAAAUCAUUCAAAAACUCAUGCUGGAUGGUGACAGGAAUAAAGAUGGGAAGAUAAGUUUCGAUGAAUUUGUCUAUAUUUUCCAAGAGGUAAAAAGCAGUGACAUUGCCAAAACCUUCCGCAAAGCAAUCAACAGGAAAGAAGGGAUUUGUGCUCUGGGAGGCACUUCAGAGCUGUCCAGUGAAGGAACACAGCAUUCUUACUCAGAGGAAGAAAAAUACGCUUUCGUUAACUGGAUAAACAAGGCUUUGGAAAAUGAUCCUGACUGCAGACAUGUUAUACCCAUGAACCCAAAUACCGAUGACCUAUUCAAAGCUGUUGGUGAUGGAAUUGUGCUUUGUAAAAUGAUCAACCUUUCAGUCCCCGAUACAAUUGAUGAAAGAGCAAUCAACAAGAAGAAACUUACACCCUUCAUCAUUCAGGAAAACUUGAACUUGGCCCUGAACUCCGCUUCUGCCAUCGGGUGUCACGUUGUGAACAUCAGUGCAGAGGAUUUGCGGGCUGGGAAACCCCAUCUGGUUCUGGGACUCCUCUGGCAGAUCAUUAAGAUCGGUUUGUUCGCCGACGUUGAAUUAAGCGGGAAUGAAGCCUUGGCUGCCUUACUUCGAGAUGGUGAGACUUUGGAGGAGCUUAUGAAAUUGUCUCCGGAAGAGCUUCUGCUCAGAUGGGCAAACUUUCACUUGGAAAACUCGGGCUGGCAAAAAAUCAACAACUUUAGUGCUGACAUCAAGGAUUCCAAAGCCUAUUUCUAUCUUCUCAAUCAAAUUGCACCAAAAGGACAAAAGGAAGGUGAACCGCGUAUAGAUAUUAACAUGUCAGGUUUCAACGAAACAGAUGAUUUGAAGAGAGCCGAGAGUAUGCUUCAACAGGCUGACAAGUUAGGUUGCAGACAGUUUGUUACCCCUGCUGAUGUGGUCAGUGGAAACCCCAAACUGAACUUAGCCUUUGUGGCUAACCUGUUUAAUAAAUACCCAGCACUAACCAAGCUGGAGAACCAGGAUAUUGACUGGACUCUACUGGAAGGAGAAACUCGUGAAGAAAGAACCUCCCGUAACUGGAUGAAUUCUCUUGGAGUUAAUCCCCAUGUAAACCAUCUCUAUGCUGACCUGCAAGAUGCCCUGGUAAUAUUACAGUUGUAUGAACGAAUUAAAGUUCCUGUCGACUGGAAUAAGGUUAAUAAGCCUCCAUACCCGAAACUCGGAGCCAACAUGAAAAAGCUAGGAAACUGCAACUACGCUGUUGAACUGGGGAAGCAUCCUGCCAAAUUCUCCCUGGUUGGGAUCGGAGGGCAAGACCUGAAUGAUGGAAACCAAAUGCUGACAUUAGCUUUAGUCUGGCAGCUGAUGAGAAGAUACACCCUCAAUGUUCUGGAAGACCUUGGAGAUGGGCAGAAAGCUAAUGAUGACAUCAUCGUAAGCUGGGUGAACAGAACAUUGGCUGAAGCUGGAAAAUCAACUUCUAUUCAGAGUUUCAAGGACAAGACGAUCAGCUCCAGUUUGGCAGUUGUGGACUUAAUUGACGCCAUCCAGCCGGGCUGCAUAAACUAUGACCUUGUUAAGAGCGGCAACCUGACAGAGGAUGACAAGCACAAUAAUGCCAAGUACGCCGUGUCCAUGGCUAGAAGAAUUGGAGCCAGGGUGUACGCUCUCCCCGAAGACCUUGUGGAAGUAAAGCCCAAGAUGGUCAUGACUGUGUUUGCAUGCUUGAUGGGCAGGGGGAUGAAGAGGGUGUAAAAAAUCACCCAUGGAAA